UGUAGAGCAGAGGACAAAGCACUCUGGAAACAUUCUUCACUCGUUGCUUUUCAUCAAAAUUCUGUUCUCUUCAUCUUGCCGCACCUCCCUUCCGUCACCUGCUGGACUCUGAGCUGAGCAGAUAUCUGCCAACCUGAGCCACGCCAAACCGAGCUAGACAAAACUGUCUACAGUCACUAUGGAUAUUGCCAUCCAGCACCCUUGGUUCAGACGUGCCCUGGGCUCUGCCUACCCUGCCCGACUUUUUGACCAGUUUUUUGGAGAGGGCGUGUUUGACCACGACUUCUUCCCCUACACCACCUCCACCAUCAGCCCCUAUUACAGACAGUCGCUGUUCCGCAACUUUUUGGAUUCUUCCAACUCCGGCUUCUCUGAGGUGAGGUCUGACAGGGAUAAGUACACAGUCUACCUGGACGUCAAGCACUUCUCUCCCGAUGAGCUUAGUGUGAAGGUCACUGAUGACUAUGUGGAGAUCCAGGGCAAGCAUGGAGAAAGACAGGACGACCACGGUUACAUCUCUCGUGAGUUUCACCGCCGCUACCGCCUCCCCUCCAGCGUUGACCAAUCAGCAAUCACCUGCACCCUGUCCACUGAUGGUCUGCUCACUCUGACCGGGCCAAAGCUCACCGGAGGGAGUGAAUCCGGCCGCAGCGAGCGCAGCAUCCCCGUCACCCGUGACGACAAGACCAACGCUGCUGUGUCCUCCUAAAGGCCAAGUAGUUGGGGUCGACCAGGGGUCGCUGGAGGGGCUUGGCCCCCGUACACCUUGCAUCGACUCGGAUGGACGACCACAGAAUCUCUAUCCUCCACCCACUUCUUCCUCUCCCCUUUCCCUUAGAGGCUAUCUUUGUCCUCUUCACUUUCUUCUUUGUUGAUUUUUCUUGGCACACUCUUACAGUUUUAUUAGUAGGCCUAUCAUUGUUUUGAGCUUGACAAAAAUCUCUCCAUGAGGAUUGUUAAGUGAUGGGGCAGCUGGAGUUUCUAAGGAUGAGAUAAUCACACGACCUGGCUUCACUCUGCUGAUUGUUGUUGAUCUGUGUCAGAGUGAGCCCUCUAACAAUACAGAUGGUUGGGGUUAAGCUUGGAAAUAAAUGUCACACGUGCUGUCCCAGAUUUUCCAGCAGUGAAGUUCUCUGAGGUCCUGGCUGCUUCCACUCUUGACUCUUUGAACCCUCUCCUCUCUUGUCUUAAAUAUAUCCUGUACUGUAGUCUAGGCCUUGUUCAAUGGGUACCUGCUCAUUACUGAGAAGUCUAUACUAAAGAAACAUAAUAAAGCUGUGUAAUUAACAAAA